UGGGAAAGGCCAAUGAUAAUCCAGGCCACCUCUCCUAGAAAGUCAUCUCGAGCCUUUAAAUUCUUGCUUCUCCAGGCGCCACAAAGGACUAGAACUGCUUGGCUCACCUCUUCUUUUCCUCCUUGCAAAAGUCCCGUUUGCCACCAUGGGGAUGUAGCAAGUGAGACUGUAAGGAAAGCAGGUGGUGACUGGCUACUGACUGCUGCGCACCUCGAUGCUAGGAGAAUUCUGGCAAGAUUAAAAGUAUUAGCCCACCUCUACAUCCCCCUGGCGCCGCACCAGGGCCAACACCACAUUUCCUGCUGGGCACGCAAUGGCCGCAUUCCCUCCCGCGGCGGACAGCUCUUUUGGUGGACGCAGUCCGAGAUCGCCAUGGAUCGGAUGAAAAAGAUCAAACGGCAGCUGUCAAUGACACUCCGAGGGGGCCGAGGCAUAGAAAAGACCAAUGGUGCCCCUGAGCAGAUAGGCUUGGAUGAGAGUGGUGGUGGUGGUGGCAGUGACCUUGGAGAGGUCCCCACUCGUGUUGCCCCAGGGGAGCUUCGCUCUGGUCGGGGCCCACUAAGUUCUGCACCAGAGAUUGUGCACGAGGACAUGAAGAUGGGGUCUGAUGGGGAGAGUGACCAGGCUUCAGCCACAUCCUCAGAUGAAGUGCAGUCUCCAGUGAGAGUGCGCAUGCGCAACCACCCCCCACGCAAGAUCUCCACUGAGGACAUCAACAAACGCCUGUCACUACCAGCUGACAUCCGGCUGCCUGAGGGCUACCUUGAGAAGCUGACCCUCAAUAGCCCAAUCUUUGAUAAGCCUCUUAGCCGGCGCCUCCGCCGUGUCAGCCUGUCUGAGAUUGGCUUUGGAAAACUGGAGACCUACAUCAAGCUGGACAAGCUGGGUGAGGGUACCUAUGCCACUGUCUACAAGGGCAAAAGCAAGCUCACAGACAACCUUGUGGCGCUCAAGGAGAUCAGGCUGGAACACGAAGAAGGGGCACCCUGUACUGCUAUCCGGGAAGUGUCCCUGCUCAAGGACCUCAAGCAUGCCAACAUCGUGACACUACAUGACAUUAUCCACACAGAGAAGUCCCUCACCCUUGUCUUUGAAUAUUUGGACAAGGACCUGAAACAGUACCUGGAUGACUGUGGGAAUGUCAUCAACAUGCACAAUGUGAAAUUGUUCCUGUUCCAGUUGCUCCGUGGCCUGGCCUACUGCCACAGGCAGAAGGUGCUACACCGAGACCUCAAGCCCCAGAACCUACUCAUCAACGAGAGGGGAGAGCUCAAACUGGCAGACUUCGGCCUGGCUCGUGCCAAGUCAAUUCCUACUAAAACGUACUCCAACGAAGUAGUAACACUGUGGUACCGGCCCCCUGACAUCCUUCUCGGAUCCACAGACUACUCUACCCAAAUUGACAUGUGGGGUGUGGGCUGCAUCUUCUAUGAGAUGGCCACAGGCCGGCCCCUCUUCCCGGGCUCCACAGUAGAGGAACAGCUGCACUUCAUCUUCCGCAUUUUGGGAACCCCAACUGAGGAGACAUGGCCAGGCAUCCUGUCCAAUGAGGAGUUUAGAACAUACAACUACCCCAAGUACCGAGCCGAGGCCCUUCUGAGCCAUGCACCCCGACUGGAUAGUGAUGGAGCUGACCUCCUCACCAAGCUGCUGCAGUUUGAGGGUCGCAAUCGGAUCUCUGCUGAGGAUGCCAUGAAACAUCCAUUCUUCCUCAGCCUGGGGGAACGGAUCCACAAACUUCCUGACACUACUUCCAUAUUUGCACUAAAGGAGGUACAGCUACAAAAGGAGGCUAACAUCCGGUCUUCUUCUAUGCCUGACUCAGUUGCGUUGGCAGUUGGAGGACGACAGACGGUGAUGGCGGCGGUCGCAGCGGAUCCAGCCGCAGCUGCCGUCCCGGCCUCCGCUGAGGACACAGAGACACAGCACGAAGCAAUGCCAGACCUGGACGAACAGUGGCGCCAAAUCGGGAAUGGGCGAGAGCGUCCACUGCGAGCUGGCGAAAGCUGGUUCCUUGUGGAGCAACACUGGUAUAAACAGUGGGAGGUGUACGUGAAGGGAAGGGACCAAGAUGCUAACACCUUUCCUGGCUGUAUCAACAACGCUGGGCUCUUCGAAGAUCAGAAGAGCUGGCACCUCAGGGAGGGACUGCUCGAAGGAACUGAUUAUGUGCUGCUCCCGGGGCCUGCUUGGAACUAUCUGGUCAGCUGCUAUGGCUUAGAGGAUGGCCAGCCACCUAUUGAGCGAAAGGUCAUCGAGCUUCCUGGCAUCCAGAAGGUAGAGGUGUACCCAAUAGAGUUGCUGCUUGUCCAGCACAGUGAUAUGGAGACAGCUCUCACCAUUCAGUUCAGCCACACUGAUUCUCUGGAUCUAGUCUUGCAAACAGCUCGGAAACGGUUUCUGAUAGAGCCUAAGGAAGACACACGCCUCUGGAUCAAGAACGCAGAGGGCUCUUUGGAUCGAUUGUGCAACAUGCAGAUCACACUGCUUGAUGCCUGCCUUGAGGCUGGGCAGUUGAUCAUCAUGGAGACUCGAAACAAAGAUGGCACUUGGCCCAGCACACAGAUUUGUGGCAUGAACAACAUGCCGGAAGAGGAUGAGGAGUUCCAGGGUCAGCCGGGCAUCUGUGGCCUUACCAAUCUGGGCAACACGUGCUUCAUGAACUCGGCCCUACAGUGCCUCAGUAACGUGCCACAGCUCACAGAGUACUUUCUCAACAACCGCUACCUGGAGGAGCUCAACUUCUGGAACCCUCUGGGCAUGAAGGGUGAGCUUGCUGAAGCCUAUGCCGAUCUGGUAAAGCAGACCUGGUCUGGCUACCACCGCUCCGUUGUACCAAAUGUGUUCAAGAACAAAGUUGGCCAUUUCGCAUCCCAGUUUCUGGGCUACCAGCAGCAUGACUCGCAGGAAUUACUGUCGUUCCUCCUGGAUGGGCUGCAUGAGGACCUCAAUCGAGUUAAAACAAAAGAAUAUGUUGAGCUGUGCAAUGGUGCGGGGCGACCAGAUCUGGAAGUGGCUCAGGAAGCCUGGCAGAACCACAAACGACGAAAUGAUUCUGUGAUUGUGGAUACUUUCCAUGGCCUUUUCAAGUCCACACUGGUGUGCCCUGAUUGUGGCAAUGUAUCUGUGACCUUUGACCCCUUCUGCUACCUCAGUGUCCCACUGCCUGUCUGCUCCAGGAGGGUCUUAGAGGUCUUCUUUGUCCCCAUGGAUCCCCGCCGCAAGCCAGAACAGCACCAGGUUGUGGUCCCCAAAAAGGGCAAUAUUUCAGAUCUGUGUGUGGCUCUAUCUACACAUACAAGUGUUGCACCAGACAAGAUGAUAGUAGCUGAUGUCUUCAGCCACCGAUUCUAUAAGCUUUACCAGCUGGAAGAUCCUCUAAGUGGCAUCUUGGAUCGUGAUGAUAUCUUUGUAUAUGAAGUGACUGGUCGUAUUGAGCCUGUUGAGGGUUCAAGAGAUGACAUUGUGGUUCCUGUUUACCUGAGGGAGCGUACCUUAUCACGAGACUACAACAACUCGUACUAUGGUCUGAUUCUUUUUGGGCACCCCCUCCUGGUGUCAGUGCCUCGGGACCGGUUCUCCUGGGAGGGCCUAUAUAACAUCCUGAUGUACCGGCUUUCACGAUACGUGACCAAACCCACCUCAGAUGAGGAUGAUGGCGAUGAGAAAGGUGAGGAUGAUGAAGAGGAGGAUGACCAGGAUGACGAUGAUGACAUAGGCAGCAGCAGUGAUGAAGAAACAGAGGAGAUACGUGGGCCUUCCCCUGGCAGUAAUGUCCAAGAGGCAGAGCAGGAGCAGGCUGGGCCCAGCUCUGGGGUCACCACUAGAUGCCCAUUCCUCUUAAACAACAGCCUUCAAACAUCUCAGUGGCCCCCAAGGCGACGGAGGAAACAACUGUUUACUCUGCAGACAGUGAAUUCCAAUGGAACCAGUGACCGGACCAUCUCUCCUGAAGAAAUCCAAAACCAGCCAUAUAUUGCCAUGGAUUGGGAGCCAGAGAUGAAGAGGCGUUACUAUGAUGAAGUGGAGGCUGAGGGCUAUGUGAAGCAUGAUUGUGUGGGAUACAUGCUGAAGAAAAAUCCAGUGCAGCUGAAGGAGUGCAUCAAACUCUUCACCACUGUGGAAACACUUGAAAAGGAGAACCCCUGGUACUGCUCCUCUUGUAAGCAGCACCAACUGGCCACCAAGAAGCUGGACCUCUGGAUGUUACCGGAAGUCCUCAUUAUCCACCUGAAGCGUUUUUCAUUUUCCAAAUUAUCUCGGGAGAAGCUGGACACCCUGGUGCAGUUUCCUAUCCGGGAUCUGGAUUUCUCUGAGUUUGUCAUCAAACCAAAGAAUGAGUCUGCUCCAGACCUGUACAAAUACGAUCUCAUCGCAGUUUCCAACCAUUAUGGUGGCAUGCGUGAUGGACACUACACAACAUUUGCCUGCAACAAGGACAGUGGCCAGUGGCACUACUUCGAUGACAGUAGCGUCUCACCUGUCAAUGAGAAUCAGAUUGAGUCCAAGGCAGCCUAUGUCUUGUUCUACCAACGCCAAGAUGUGGGUAGACGUCAGUCCCAGAAGGCUUCACCUGAUUCCGCCUCCUCUCCUGCCUCUGCUUCGACGCCCAACCAGGAGAUCAUGGACGUAAAUUAAAGAGCCCUGGAAUCUACCACAGAGAAGGAUGUCCCUUUCACCACUCCCUCAUGUCUACCCCUUCUCAUACCUGUGUUCAUUCUCCCCCAGGCAUUGCAGGCUUUAGUCUGUGGCUACUGUUCUCUUGUACCGCUGUAUUAUUCUCUAAGGAAGAAGAGCCCCUGUGCCACUGUCAGUGUGCCGCCGCCC